AUGAGCGUAAAGAAGUUUAUUUGGUCAGAGGGCAAAAGGGGCAGAGCAAAGAAAGCAGCCAUGAAAGUAGAUGAAAGCGGGAGCCGGAGGAAGAAGAGGUUUGUGUCCAGCCCGCGCUACGUGGAGACCCUGCUGGUGGCAGACCAGUCCAUGGCCGAGUUCCACGGCAGCGGGCUCAAGCACUACCUGCUGACGCUGCUCUCGGUGGCGGCCAAGCUCUACAAGCACCCCAGCAUCCGCAACUCUGUCAGCCUCGUCGUUGUGAAGAUCAUGGUCAUUUACGAGGAGCGGAAGGGGCCCGACAUCUCAUCCAAUGCCGCCCUCACGCUGAGGAACUUCUGCAGCUGGCAGAAGCAGCACAACCCGCCCAGCGACCGGCACGCUGAGCACUACGACACUGCCAUCCUCUUCACCCGACAGGACCUCUGUGGUGCCAAGACAUGUGAUACUCUUGGGAUGGCCGAUGUGGGAACAGUUUGUGAUCUAAACCGCAGUUGCUCUAUCAUCGAAGACGAUGGUUUGCAGGCUGCCUUUACAACAGCCCACGAACUAGGCCACGUGUUUAACAUGCCUCAUGAUGAUGCAAAGCAGUGUGCUAGUAUUAAUGGAAUAAGCCGGGAUUUCCACAUGAUGGCAUCCAUGCUUUCCAAUCUGGAUCGAAGCCAGCCUUGGUCUCCAUGUAGUGCCUACAUGAUUACAACAUUUUUGGAUAAUGGUCAUGGUGAGUGUUUGUUGGACAAGCCCCACAAGCCAAUACAGCUUCCCUCUGACUUGCCUGGCACCUUGUAUGAUGCCAACAGACAGUGCCAGUUUACAUUUGGAGAUGAAUCCAAACACUGCCCGGACGCAGCUAGUACGUGUACAACCUUGUGGUGUACUGGCACUUCUGGAGGGCUGCUCGUGUGCCAGACUAAACACUUCCCUUGGGCGGAUGGCACCAGUUGUGGAGAGGGGAAAUGGUGCAUGAAUGGCAAGUGUGUGAACAAGACUGAGAAGAAGCACUAUGAUACCCCGGUGCACGGCAGCUGGGGCUUGUGGGGGCCCUGGGGCGAGUGCUCCCGCAGCUGCGGCGGCGGGGUGCAAUACUCCUUCAGGGAGUGCGACAACCCCGUCCCCAGGAACGGAGGGAAGUACUGCGAAGGGAAGCGGGUGCAAUACAGGUCGUGCAAUAUUGAGGACUGUCCGGAUAAUAACGGCAAAACCUUUAGAGAGGAGCAAUGUGAAAAGCACAAUGAGUUUUCCAAGUCUCCAUUUGGAAGUGGACCUGCAGUGGAAUGGACACCAAAGUUCGCCGGUGUCUCUCCAAAGGAUAGGUGCAAGCUGGUCUGCCGAGCAAAGGGAACGGGAUAUUUCUUUGUUUUACAGCCAAAGGUUGUGGACGGUACCCCGUGCAGCCCCGACUCCACCUCGGUGUGCGUGCAGGGGCAGUGCAUGAAGGCUGGUUGUGACCGGAUGAUGGGAUCCAAUAAGAAGUUUGACAAAUGCGGUAUCUGCGGUGGCAACGGAUCCACUUGCAAGAAAGUCACUGGCACGCUUGUGAGAGCAAAGCCUGGUUAUCAUGACGUGGUCACCAUCCCAGCUGGAGCGACUAACAUUGAGGUCAAGCAGCGGAACCACAGGGGCGCCCGGCACGAUGGCAGCUUCCUCGCUAUCAAAGCUGCCGAUGGCACGUACAUCCUCAACGGUGACUACACGCUGUCGACGCUGGAGCAGGACAUCACGUACAAGGGCAGUGUAUUGCGGUACAGCGGCUCCUCCGCCGCCCUGGAGCGCAUCCGCAGCUUCAGCCCCCUGAAGGAGCCCCUGACCAUCCAGGUGCUCACGGUGGGGGACCUUCCACAGCCUAAGAUCAAGUUCACCUAUUUUGUGAAGAAGCCCGUGCAGCCCGGCUCCGAGAAGGCGCCUGGCAAAAAGAAGGAGUCUUUCAAUGCCAUCCGGGAGAUCAUCUUGUCCGAGUGGGUCAUUGAGGAGUGGGGCGAGUGCUCCAAGUCAUGCGGCUCCGGCUGGCAGCGGCGCUCGGUCGAGUGCCGGGACCUGCGGGGGCAGCCGGCCGCCGACUGCGCCCAUGAGCUGAAGCCCAGCGACGUGCGACCCUGCGCGGACAUGCCGUGCCCGCAGUGGCAGCUCGGGGACUGGUCGCCCUGCUCCAAGACGUGUGGGAAAGGUUUCAAGAAGAGGUUGUUAAAGUGCAUUUCUUAUGACGGCAGCGUGCUGCCGCAAGAAAGCUGUGAGCCUUCCAAGAAACCAAAGCACCUAAUAGACUUCUGCAAUGUUACGGACUGCAGUUAAAACAGUAUAAGUUGGGAAAGCUAAAGGGUUUU